CACAAAUAGUUAUUUCCAAAGGUUUUAGUUAAUUUAGUUCCAGCCGAUUCAACAGAAUGUCUGCUCAAUUAAUAUUUAGAGCUUCUGAGCUCAUGAAUAUUGAGACAUCGUGGACUAUUGUGGAAAGAAAGAGUAACUUUCAAAUAGACUCUUUUGUAGCCAAUUUAUUCACCCACAUGAUUGCUUCAAAUAGAAAGCUUAGAGCCAGCUUUUCUGAUGAUUCUAUGUUAAAAUAUCAUAUCUCAGUAUUCGGUGAUAUGUUAAAUUUUGUUGUCACUUAUGCUAACGAACCUCAAACUUUGAAUGAAUUCAUGUUUCAAUUUACUGUUGAAAAUGAAAGAUUUUGUAAUGAAGCUCUCACAUACUUGGAAGACAUGGGUCCAGCACUUAUUGCAACAAUUAAGUUAUAUUUACCAAAUAUUUCAUUUGAAGUUGAAAGUGCUUGGGUGAAAUUAUAUAUCUUUAUUGGAAAUUGUUUAUUACAAUACACCGAAAGUGAUAAAGAAGAAGGCUCUCAAGCUGAACCAGAAGCUGAGCCAGAAACUGAAUCUGAACCAGAAGAAGAAAAUAUUGCUCCAUUGAAUAUAAAGAGACCCCAAAAUUAUGAAAUUCAAGAACCUCAAAUUGUUAUUCAAAAACCACAACCAAGAACAUCUAAGCCUAAUACAAUUUUAGAUCCAACUUCCUCAAUUCAAUUUCACUUAAACAGUAAUGAGAAGUACAAAGGUUUCAGAAGAAGUGUUGAAUUUCAAACUCCUGAUGCAGAACCAAUUUCAGUAAAGCUUCCACAACAUAUUCCUAAAUUCCAAAAGCCUGCAACGGCUGCCUCAUCAAACAUGUCUUCUGCUUUGAGAUCAAUGUUAUCUUCUGCAAACUCCACUCCAUUUGUUACACCACCUUCAACUCCUUUCGAUCCAAGAAAGGUUAGAAGAAGUGCUGCUACAUCUUCUGCUUCAUCAAUCAAUGAAGAGAUUCACAUUGAUGAACCUAAGUUUGAACAAUCUCCUGAACCAAUUAAACAACAAAUCAGGACUCCAACAAAACCUUCAGUCAAUAAGAAAUUACCAGAAAUUCCUUCUUUAGUUGCUAAAUUGGAGAAACAAAGACAAAUGGCAGCAUUAUCUUCUUCUGAUGAAGAAGAAGAAGUAGAAAUUAAACCUUUAGAAAAGUUUGAUCCAAGAAGUAAGAAUGGACACAGAAGAUCACACUCUAUUUCUAUCUCAUCACCAGAAUCUUCAGAAGUUGAUGAAAACGAAGAAGCUGAAAUUAUGCGUAAGCACUUGGGUGGUGCUAGAGACAGAGUUGAAUCUUAUUCUCCUACUAAUGCUGAACCUCAAAUUUCCAUUCCAGAAAGAUCAUUAAGUAGAGGUGGAUUAACUGGAGGUACUUUUGACUACAAUAGUUUCGGCCUCAAAGGUUUAGCCCCAAUAGUUGAGACUGAUGAUGAUAAUGCUUCUUCUAAAUAUGGAGAUGAUGACAAUAAUUCGUCACAUUAUGGCGAUGAAAGCAAUAAAUCUGUUACUGAUGAAGACAGUUCUUCAAGAUCAUCAAGUUUAUCGCUUCAUAAUAGUGAUUAUAAAUCAUCAAUAAGUUCAGGUACAGAAUCAGCCAAUAACUCACCAUUUGUGAAUAAAUUCAAGAUGAAUAAUAGUCGUACUACAGCUUCUGCAGCUCCAAGACAAAGUUCAGUUUCUUCAACUGAAAGUAAGAAUAGCUUUACUACGAAUCAACAAACUUUGCCAGCUCAAAUAUACAAUAGAAGUUAUUGUUCUUCUACCCCAUCAUUAUUAAUGGGAAGGAAUGGAGAUCACUAUUCAAAUAGAGCUUCUUUAGGCUUUAUGAGAAGUUCAUUUGUAUUAAAGAAGGAAAUGGAAACGUUGGGCUAUAAUGAACCUGAGAAUGUUGUCAUUAAGCCUACAACUAAGACAAUUGCUAUGUCUUCAACUGCUAACUUUGGUGAGCAAUACAAAUACAGAGCUUCAACUACAACUUCAUUGCCAAGAAAUUUCGACUCUCCAUAUAAUUUUGGAACCAGGUUUAAUGAUGAUGAUUCAUUCGAUUUGAUUAAUUCAUUCCAUUCCGGUCAACAAGUUGCUUCUAAAGCAACCAAAAGGGAAGGUUUAAAUUAUACUUCGAGAGUUAUUGAACCAGUAAAGGAAAAGAAAUCAUUUAAACAAAGAAUGUCUUCACUUUUUAGUUCAAAAUCUUCUACGUCAUCUAUUUCAACUACCAAUUCCGUUAUGAGCGACAGCUCUUUAAAGACUUCAAGUACUAGAUCCAGUUCUGUAGCUAGUGUUUCAAAUCCUCCAGUAAGAAAAGUUUCAUCAAUCCAGCCAAAGAAGAGUUCAGUUUCGUUAUAUAGUGCCAAUUCAACCAUGUCACGUCCAUCAGUAGUUAGUGACGCAGCAUCUAUUAAUUCUGUUGAAACCAAAAGUUCAUCAAUUUCAGGGUUUUCAAUUUUCAGAAAGAAGAAGGAAGAACCACAUUACUACGUUCAUGGACUUAAAAGCAAGAAGGGAGCUAAAUAUCAAGUUAAAGCCAUACCAUACAACUUGGAAUUGGUCAGAAAGGGUCAUAAUAUCUAAGUAUCUUUUGACUAUGGUACAUUUUAAUUCAUUAAACUAUACGUAUGAUACCCCUUGGUUUAAUUUCAUUUUGGUUAUAUAUUCUUAUUAUGUUAGACGUUAUUUAAAAAAGAGAACUGAACAAUUAAUAGAGAAAGUCUGGAGAAGCUUUUACCUCUUGAAGGGAUUAACGUAUGUGAGGUUUUGAUUUAUUGAAGAGGGUUAAUGGUUCUUUUUAAUGAUUGCUUACAAGCAUCAAACCAAUUAUAGUAUUCUACAAGAGACAUAAUCUUCUUCUUUCUUAUCAAAUCUAUUAUGUUCAGUUCAUUAUGACAGUUUAUUUCUUUUCUUUUAAUUAUUUAGUAGUUUCUUAUCGUUAUCGUUGUUAUUGUUUAUUAUUAUGUGUAAACUAGUGAUUCUAUUAUGUUAUCAAAAUACAUGACAG